AUGGAUUCGUUAGUUGAUUCAGUUUACGACCAAAUAGAGAUUGAGGAUUUCACCUUUGAUUCCAACACCCAACUAUUUCAAUAUCCCUGUCCCUGUGGAGACAAGUUCCAAAUAUGUUUGGAAGAUUUGAAGGAUGGUGAAGAGAUAGCUAUUUGUCCAAGUUGUAGUCUAAUGGUUCAAAUUAUUUACGAUCAAGACGACUUGUCUCCUUUCAUUCAACAAGUUAGCUACAGCCAAACUUCGUUUUCUCAUCCAAUAUUAGCAUGA